UUUCAUAGACGUCCAUGAAGUUUGUUCUCUUCUAUGUUAUUUUAUGAUUCAUAGCAAUAACACAUUUUGUUUCUUGUUGAACAUGCCGUUGACAAAUGCCAAUAGCCAGCCAAUAGCUAGCUAAUAUUUCGGACAUGGUUAGUUUUCACUAGAGAGAUAAAAUUCAAAAUGAGUCAUAAGUUUACUUUUUUUUUUUCAAUGCUCGAUGCGGCGUCUAUUGUGGUCGUAGUGGACUGAGGAGUAACCAAAAAGUGUGCAUUAUGGUACAGCAGUAAAUAGGACAUAUUAUAAACAUACAAGUUCUUUAUUUACCAGCAUGGAUCUCGAAAAAUUUUACGAUGAAAAAGAUGGAGCAUACUUGAUUCAUUUUGCUAACAAUGGUAGAUUAUCGUUAAGUGAGAUCAACGAAAAGUUUUCUACUUAUGGCAAAGUUCUCUCUAUAAAGGAUCGUGGGCAACCUUAUGGGCUAAUAUUCAUAAGGUAUGAAAACCUUAAUGAUACCCUGAAUGCCAUCACAGGCUGCCUAGCUGAUAAAUCGAUCCAUAUCUUGCCACAUAAGACAAAAAGUAAAAAAAAGGAAGAUGGGACAUUAAACAUCCAGAGGACUAGUUUUGAAAACAAUGAACAACAAUGCAACAAUGAUAUAAAUACGUUUAAAUGGAACAGUACAGUUAAUAAAAUUUACCGUGAUAUUAAGAGAAGAAGUAUCAAUAUUAGUAGUCAAACUAGAUCAUUAUUAUUGGAUCCAUGGGAAUCUAAAAAUUUACAAGUCAUGUCUAAUUCUAAUUCUUCCACUUGGUCAUUAACCACCAAUGAUCAUACCAAAGGAAUUCCACAAUUUGACACAACAAAAAUGCCGGCAUUAAUAUCUAAUGAUGAGAAAUAUAAAGUACACAGGACUCAUCCUUCCUCCCAAAAAAAUGUAACUAUUGUGUUAGCACAUGAAAUUAUUGUAGCUAAUAUUCCUCAUAAUGUGAAUGUACAUUACAUAUUACAUCUUUUCAACAAAUAUGAUCCGCUAUCUGCAUCUCUUAUAAAGACUACGCCAAAAACUGGAAUUAGAUAUUGUCAUGUGUACUAUGAAACGCAAGAACAAGCAGAUGCCAUAGUGAAAGAAUUUGAUUCAUACUCUCUGUUUAAUACGAAACUUAUUGUUGUAACACCGUGCCAAUUAAUGGAAGUCUCUUAAUAAUGUUGAAAACUGUCGAUAU